UUAUUCUCUUCAGAUAUGAGUACUCCAAGCAGUGUCCUGUGUGAAGAGCAGUUCCAGUGUUCUAUCUGUCUGGAUGUCUUCACUGAUCCAGUCUCUACUCCCUGUGGACACAACUUUUGCAUGGACUGUAUCAAAGGAUUCUGGGACAGCAGUGAGCAAUGCCAAUGUCCACUGUGUAAGAGAGACUUUGAGAAGAGACCAGAUCUUUCUGUCAAUACAUUCAUCUCAGCACUAGUUUCUCAGUUUGAGAGGUCUUCUCGAGAGGAGGCUAGCCGCGCUUUGCUGAGAUCUAAUGCCAAACACAAUGAUGUGGCUUGUGACUUCUGCUCCGAGACCAAGGCUGUGAAGUCCUGUCUGGUGUGUCUGACCUCUUACUGUGAGACUCACCUGGAGCCUCAUCAGAGAGUCCCGGCCUUAAGAAGACACAAACUGAUCGACCCUGCCCAAAACCUCGAGGACUUCAUAUGCAAAAAACAUGAAAGACCCCUUCAGCGGUUCUGUAGAGAUGACCAGAUGUGCGUGUGCCAGUUCUGCACGGAGUCAGACCACAAAACUCACCGCACUGUUUCCAUGGAGCAGGAGAUUGGAGAAAGGAAGACUCAGAUGAGGAAGACCAAGGCAAAGGUGCAACAGAUGAUCCAAGACAAACUGAGGAAGAUUAAAGAGAUUGAGCACUCUGUGGAGAUGACAAAAAAAAGCACAGAGAAAGAGAUUGCAGACUGUGUUGAGCUCUUCACUGCUCUAAUUCGGUCCAUUGAGAGAAGCCAAACUGAGCUUCUUGAGGUGAUGGAGGAGAAGCAGAAGGCAGUAGAGGAUCAGGCUGAAGGGUUCAUUAAAGAUCUGGAACAGGAAAUCAAUGAUCUAAGGAGGAGAGACACUGAGCUGGAGCAGCUCUCACACACUGAGGACCAUUUCCACCUCCUACAGGUUUCUCCAUCACUCUGCACUCUCCCACAAUCCAAGAGCUGGCCUGACAUCACUAUUAAAACACAACUGAGCGUAGAGACCUUGAAAAGCAGCUUUACUCAGCUGGACAAAUUGCUCAAUGAAGAAAUUGGGAAGAUACCAGAAAUAAAGCUGAAAUCUUUUCUCUCUGUAGAACUGAAGAGGAUUCAGCACUAUGCAGUGAAUGUAACUCUGGAUCCUGACACAGUACAUCCAAACCUCAUCCUGUCCGAUGAUGGGAAACAAGUUUUGUUUGCAGCCACAAGACAGAAUCUUCCUGACAAUCCGGAGAGAUUUGAUCAAUGCAUCAAUGUCUUGGGAAGGGAGGGGUUUUCAACAGGAAAGUUUUACUAUGAGGUGGAGGUUAAGGGGAAGACUCACUGGAGUUUAGGAAUGGCCAGAGAAUCUAUUAACAGGAAAGGGAGGAUUAUCGCAAGCCCCAAGAAUGGAUUCUGGACUGUUUUGCUAAGAAAUGGGGACACAUAUUCAGCUACUGAGGCUCCCUCAAUCCCUCUCUUCCUCAUACAGAAGCCCCAGAAAGUGGGCGUGUUUGUGGAUUAUGAGGAGGGUCUGGUCUCCUUUUAUGAUGCGGACACCAAGUCUCAUAUAUAUUCUUUCACUGGUCAGUCUUUCAAGGAGAAACUCUAUCCAUUCUUCAGCCCUUCUCUAAAUCAUGGAGGGAAAAAUGCUGCCCCAAUCAUUAUCACAAAAGUCAUAUAG